CAUCCAAGAGAGGUGGGGACUUGGCAGCUUCAGAUCACACACCCCCACCAUCCAAGCCAGCCCGAGCCAACGACUCAGCUGCAGUCAGCAGCUUGUGCUCUGGAGUCUCCAGGCUGGCUGGGGAUACGGAGAGCCACAGAAACAGGUCCUGGGCUCCGAAGGCUUUCCUGCGCGCUGGGAUAUGGGGAGGCUAGCCAUGGCUCCCAUUGCCUUGCUUUGUGGGAAAUUCCUUGUAAUUUUCCUUGUAAGGGAGACGCUUGGCCAGAGCAAGCUACGAGAGGGCCGAGUGUGCGCCCGAAAUAUGUUGAGAAUCCCCUUAGCCUACAACGAGACUUACGCCAAGCCCCAACACCAGCCAUAUUUGACGCUGUGCCCUGGACCUCGGGUAUGCAGUUCAUACAGGACGACCUACCGGGUAGCCACACGGCAGGUGCGGAAAGAGAUCUUGCAAGCCCAUGUCAUUUGCUGCCCAGGGUGGAAGAAACGUCACCUGGGGGACACUAAGUGCGGGGAAGCAAUUUGUCACAAGCCAUGCCAGAAUGGAGGCAGCUGUGUCCAACCAAAUGAGUGCCAGUGCCCACCCGGCUGGGGUGGACGCUACUGCCACAUUGAUGUGGACGAGUGCAACAUGCCUCUUGCUCUCUGCGCACAAGACUGUCUUAACACUGCAGGGAGCUACCAAUGCCAGUGUCGGGCUGGGUAUGCCCUGGAACCAGAUGGCAAGAGCUGUCGCCUGCUUCCCACCGCCCAGGCAGUCCCUCUGCUUGGCAGCAAAGUGCAAACUUUAGGGAUUCAAGAGACAAUUCCCAAUGAGAUCCAGGAGCUUCAAGCAAAAGUGGAACAGCUGGAAGAGCGCCUGGAGCGUGCUAUCUCUAUCUUGCCAACCUCCUUGGAGCCUGCCCAGGUCAAGGAGCUGUGGAAUCGUCUUCGUUACCUGGACCACGUGGAAUCUCUCAGCGAACAGCUCCUGUUUCUUGAAGAGAAACUGGGAGACUGUGCCUGCCAAAAUGAUAAAAAUGGCUUUGGCUACGACGUCACCCGGUGAUGCCUGAAUCCUGGACUCCGGCUGGGUCUGCAGACGACCAGCCUACCUUUUGCCUCCUAACUCCACCCUGGUGGCUCUUGUUCUUUGAAGCUCAAAUUAAUUCCCUUCGUUUAUGCUAGUGGGCACAGCUUAUUAACUGAAAACAAAACACAACAGGUCGCAACUCUGCUGAUUAAUUAAAACAAUGGCUGCCUUCGAAUCCCACAGCAACUCUUGUCCCUGGAAGCCCAUGGCAUCCGUCCAGAGUUGAGCCUUUUUAGUUGCUUCUGUGUUUAAUGGGAGA